UCCAGGUGGGCUUCCUGUGGAUAAUAAAAAAAUGGCGGACGUCGCAGUUGUUGGAGCAGGAAUCAUAGGAGUAACAACAGCGUUAUCGAUCCUUGAAGCAGAUCCUUCCAUCAAACUGACKGUAAUAACGGAAAAGUUUAGUCCAAACACGACUUCUGAUGGCGCUGCAGGGAUCAUCAUGCCUUUUGUGAUGGGAWACACGCCAAUGAGUUUGCAAAGGAAAUGGUUUGGAGCCACUAUGAAGAAAUAUGAAACACUUCUUCAUUCAGACAUGGCUGAAGAACUUGGGAUCUUUCUGUUGUCAGGAUUCGAGGUUCAUGGAGAUUCUAUUGCUGAGGAACCAGGUUGGAAAGAUCUCGUGUAUUCAUUCAGGAAGAUGACCGAAAAAGAAUUGUCAGAUUUCCCUGUGCAGCCUGCAAAGAGUGGAUUUAACUUUUCAACAAUUAUUGCACAGGGAUCAUAUGUUAUCCCCUGGCUAAUGGAGAAGAGCAUUCUACAAAGUCUCAAUGCUCUUACAAGAAUGAGGCUCAUACAGUGUCAGCUAGUGGUCACAGCGGGACAUGAACCUCUGCCACCAGAUUGCGAGACCAAUGCUGUGACCACUCAACCAUGCUGCUCCMGCCCAAAAGAGUAUUGUCAAGUGGUCAGUGCCAUGAGGGAUGUACUGGUUCAGACUGCAGAUGAGUUUGUCUACAUUAAUCUUUCAGAUUAUGAUGUUGUUGUAAACUGUGCUGGUAUUUCUGCUGGAGAGCUUGUUGGUGAUACUUCGGUCUAUCCUGUCAGAGGACAAGUAUUGAGAGUUAAAGCUCCCUCAGUAAUGCAUUUCUUUUUCUAUGACACAACGGAAGGGGCAAAACGGGGUCAAUGUAGCUAUAUCGUUCCACAGCUUAACUCAGUAGUGAUUGGAGGAACCAAACACUAUAACAGUUACAAUGAAAAACCAACUCUUGAAGAUACUGUUACCAUUCUGUCUGAAGCCAGUAAAAUCAUUCCAAGCUUAAAGAAAGCACCUAUUGUUGAUAACUGGGCUGGUCUUCGACCAGGUAGAUCUGUUGUCAGACUCGAGAAAGAAUCAAUGAAAUUKACUGAUGAUCGAGGAGCAGAAAAAAUUCUCAAUGUUGUCCAUAACUACGGUCACGGUGGUUCUGGUCUAUCCGUUUGUUUCGGUUGUGCUGACGACUGCCGUGAUCUUGUCAUGGAAAUACUCGCUGGCAAAAUCAAAGCAAAACUCUGAACGCCGAGUUAACAAAUAGACAUCAGCCUUAUUUAUGUCUGUCCUCUUAUUAACGAUAAACUAGACACAUAUCUGCGUGAACUCGGGCUUCAUAGCAGAAAAUCUAAAGAAUUCUUUGUGAACAUUGUCAUCUUUUUAGAUGGUGCAAUGUCUGUUAGACUUUCGAAAAGAUAUUUGUUCUUGUAAAUCACGCGAGCUAAAAAUGUUGAGGGAAGGCAAUCAGGAUUUUUUACCAGACAAUACUUCAAGCAGCACACAUGUACCUUGGGCAUGACUUCUCCCAUACACAUCUCUUGCAUGAGAAUCAAGCAUUUUGAACCCACAUUACCAUUACCAUUACGAUAGAUAGCAACUGCAGUACUCCCUAUUGUUAUCACAAGAUUGGUGUAGUUUUCAGCUAUAAGUGAUUCAAAGGCUCUUUGCAAAGAAGUACAGUACUAAUAUCCUUCUAUGGCAGCCUCUUGAUGUAUAGUGCCAGUGUAGCUUUCACUGUAUUGAAGUUCAUAGUCAGUGUCAAACACAUUUAGCAUUGGUGGUAGUUCUGASUGCAUUAAAAAGGACUGUCUGGCUAA